ACAUUAUUGUACGCAUGAGCUUGGAGGAAUAAGAGGAGGACAGGAUGGCCAACUCAGCACUGGAGCUAGUGGGUCUGAUACUGACCCUAAUUGGGCUGAUUGGGGCGGCAGCAAGCACUGGGAUGCCAAUGUGGCGAGUCACAGCUUUCAUUGGGGAGAACAUCAUUGUGUUUGAGACCCGCUACGAGGGUCUGUGGAUGAACUGCUUUCGGCAGGCUGACAUCAGAAUGCAGUGUAAGGUGUACGACUCUCUCCUGGCCCUCCCCCCUGACCUACAGGCGGCAAGGGGGCUUAUGUGCUGCGCUCUGGCACUUGGUGGACUCGGUCUGCUGAUCAGUUUGGUGGGGUUGCAGUGCACAUCAUGUAUCGAAAACAACGAUCGUGCUAAGCGACUGGUACUCAUCAUUGCAGGAAGUAUGAUCAUAAUGGCUUGCAUCUGCGUCAUUAUCCCCGUGUCCUGGACAGGUCAUGUCAUCAUAAGGGACUUCUACAACCCCUUGCUGAUCGACGCCCAGCGCAGGGAGCUCGGAGAAGCUCUGUACAUUGGCUGGGUGGCAUCUGCUUUCUUGUUCUUUGGAGGAUGUAUGUUCACUUGUUGCAAUCUGCAAUCUGAAGACAAAGAAUCAGAGAGGUAUAUGUACUCAAGAACCCCCGACUACAUGGCCUAUACUCCACAGCCUCUACAGCCUCAACAGCUGGUGCUACUUCCCCAACCGCAACUCCAGCCGCAGCCAAUGUUGUCAAGACAGCCAUCGACCAACUACAGCUACCACUCCAGAUACCCCUCUGUACGCAGCGCAGUGGCUUACCUCUGAAAACUUAAAACUGACUUCACAGUUAUGGUCACUAUAAGGAAAUUUCUUUUUAAUGUGGACUUUGCUUGGCAGUGGAAUCUAUGACACAUUUCAAAUUUCAAAAAUGAAUUUCAGGUAUAUAAAAGGAAAUACAUUCUUAAAAAAAUGAUUUACAAUGCAUGCAAAUGGACUUGAUUCCUAUAUGGAGGUCCAUUUUAAAUCACUCUGUUUACACAUUAAAUGAGAAGUACUUAAUGUGUUUUUUAAGAGCACUAGUUACAUAAUCUUUAUAUCAAACUAUAAUAGAAAAUUUAAAGAUUUCCAUUCCCUUUUAAUGUGUUUGUAUCAUAAAAAUUUAUACUGACAACCUUAUUUUUUGUAUAUUAGGUUAUUUUGUAUGUGUAUGCUGUAUAUAAUCACUGACAAGUGCAUUUGUGUUUUCUGUUAAAAUGCUAUUUGUCUAUGACUGAGCUAUGUGGUUAUACAGACAGUUAAUACUCCAGACAUUUCAAUUACAACCCCCUUUUCCUUUAACCUUCAAUAUUCACAGUGCCUGAGCUGUGUAUUCAGAUUUACAUCCCUCACCACAUCAACAAAACACACACACAUGCAAAAUGUUUAUAAGAAUCACACAUCUGUAUAGCAAAAAUACCGUCUCAGAGGCACCAAUCACUCUAAUACACCUUGUAUGUUUCUGCUCAGUUUUUACCAGUUUUACCAAUUCCAACCUGUUUUAACCAGUAUUAGACACAGGAUCCACAAAGGCAAAGGCAGACUUGUUUCAUUUACUACCAUUGGAACAGUAAAUGCUUACUGGAAUUACACAUGAGACACAUAAACAUUUGUGUCUAAAACUCAAAACAUUUUGUCUAUUUAAUCAGGAAUCAUUUGUAAGUCUUUAUUUGAGCUUGAUAGGAUGCCCUGGAGCUCUGAUGAAACUGAACAAAUAGCUAACUAAACAUAGGAAUGCGUGUUUAAGACUGGUUGUUAAAGGCGUGGAAACUUAACCGGACAGCUUAGUGUUUUUGAAGAAGCCAGACAAAGACAGCCUAAGGGCAUGAUCAUGUGAUAAGAAUUUGCAAGUCAUUUUGAAUAGAGAUACAGAGAGUUUUAGACAAUGUGUGUAGUUCAUUUCCGUGUUGAUUUCCAGCUCCAUAUAUGUUUGACAUCUCUAUCUGUCAAGUUUUUUAGCACUUAGGUCACCUUAUUUCACUUUUGGUGAGUUUAAAAGCAAGCUACAAGUACAACUGGAUAAUCUCAACUGCUAAUAUACUGGAAGCAAUUAUAUUUUCAAACAGAAAAAAAAAAUCUGUGUGACUCACAGUAAUUGUAUAGUAAAAGUUAUUUCAAUGCCGUUUCAUACUAAAAAUGUUUGGUGAUGUAAUGUUGUCUUUUCCUAUUGUUGACACCAAAAUCACUAAUCAUUAACUGUAUUUUGACUGUGUGAAGUGAGCUCCCUCUCUGUUCCAUCACCUUGAAAGUCUUUUCUGCUCCCCUGUGGACAACAGAAGUACUGCAGAAGCUUCUGUAUUACAUUGUAUAUAUGUUUGCUUCUGUAUUUUUAAUCACAUAUUAUUAUGAAGAAUAAAAUCAUGGCAAGUGACAAACA